GGUAGAAGGAUUGAUGGCGCUGAUGAGGAUAUUGGCGAGGUGAGUGAGGAAGAUGAGAAUGCGGAUGCGCAGCCGAGCAGUUUGACCAGGCCGCCUUCAAAAUCCAGCAAAAUGAUGCUUAUUUGCCGGAAGCUCUCUGACUUGAUUUGUCCCUGGGCAACUUCUGCUGUUCUGAAAACUAUGUCAAUGACUACUGAUGAUAUUUUGCAAAAAAGGCGCAACCUGUUAUCGCUCGCCGAAAGCAAUUGUCUAAAAAUGGCACAGAAAUUUCCCGCCGAAUUCAACCAAACCGCAAAGGAUUAUUUGGUACGAGUUACACCAAAUGCAGCACGGUGA